AUGUCCCGCCCCUCCCGCACCACCGCCUACUCAGUCACCGUCGUCCACCACCACGACCAGCCCUUCUACGGCCUGAGUGGCGACACACCCGCCAGACGAAACAUCACUCUGCGUUCCCUCACCCGCAAGCGCUCCAAGACCGAGCCCCCGACGUCGCUACCACCACCUGCAAGCCCCGCCAACGACCUCGUUGCCGACCCGGAGGACAUCCCGCAAUCCAACCGCAUCAAGACCGCUGUCCAGCCCCAGCCCAUAUCGACGGAUUAUAGUACCCCCAAUGGUCCCCGGUCACCGCCCGUCGUUGUUCAGCCCGCGCCCAGUCGUCUCUCGCAACCUCUCCUCAAUGUCCCUCCGCCGCCUGGCGUCCAACCGCCCCGUCCUCCAAUGCAAAGUCGACCUGCCGCCCGCGCCGUCCUUCCCCUCCGCCCUCUGCAGCAACACCCCCACCUUGACCCCGGUACUCACUCCCGGAAGGCUCCGUCCCCGUUCCCGCUCUCUCUGCGCCAGUUCACCCUCGCUUUGUCCAAGACUCGCAACGCAAGCGCUUCUCCGGUCACACCCGUCGACCAAAUCUUGCCCACUACGCCUCUCUCGCCGCCUCCCCUGCAAGCCAACUGUCCUGCUCUGUCCAAGCCUCUGGUCCGCAAGCCCCGUCUGCCUGCUCCCCUGCGUAUGGCUCUGCACAGUGACUUUGUCCCCGAGUCUCCGCUCUACUCGCCUGUUCUCGGUCUGGGUCUCGACUUCUCUGGUACGCCCUGCAUCUCUGGACUCGGACUGCCUUCGCCGUUCCCGUUCGAUGGGCCUCUCAGUGCCAAGCCAAGCCUGCUCCCCGCUCCUCGUCAUCAGAUCCCUUCCCCCGCGCCUCUCGCUCCCGAACGCGACUUUACUGCGCUGAAGGUCCUAUCGACGGUGGGUAACUGCCCUAUGUCCGCCGCCCCUCAAGCCAUCCUGCGCGCUCGCAUCCGGCCGCCUGUCAGACUGUCCCUCCCUCGUCGGCUCUCCUACAACCGCCCCGGCUUGGCUGGUUCGCCUGGCAGCGCCGCGCCUACGCCUAAGAAGACCGCCGAAGAGCUCGCGUCCCCCGCCGUCAUCGACCCGCAGCCGGGCCCGGGACCAAAGCCCGCAGGACUACCGAGGCGGAAGGCUGGCACGCCCGCGACGCCUAACUUGCACGCGCACCUGCCGAGGAUGAUCGAGCUGGGGAGCUACUUCUGA